UGCGCCUUGGUUUACGAAGCCGGCGUCUGCUCUUCGCUUAAUCCGCAGAGGUGUUUUGCUCUUCUUCGCUGAUUUCAGACACUGAUAUCCGCCAGUCCAAAAUGAAUAAAGAUCAAGUCUCCCUGAUUGGUCAGGUGUUUGAAUCAUACGUUUCAGAAUACCACAAGAAUGAAGUCUUACAGAUCUUGAAGGAAAGAGAUGAGGACGCUCACUAUCCCGUAGUAGUUGAUGCUAUGACUCUUUUUGAGACAAACAUGGAAAUUGGGGAAUAUUUCAAUGCAUUCCCCAAUGAGGUACUCCCUAUUUUUGACAGUGCAUUAAGAAGAGCAGCCCUGACAAUUCUACAAUCUCUUUCACAACCCGAGGAAUUUUAUAUGAAGCAGAAUCUUCAUGCUCGGAUAUCAGGUUUGCCUGUUUGUCCUGAACUGAUGAGGGAGCAUAUUCCUAAAACCAAAGAUGUGGGACACUUUUUAUCUGUCACUGGGACAGUCAUUCGUACCAGUAUGGUGAAAGUUCUAGAAUAUGAACGGGAUUACAUGUGUAACAAGUGCAAACAUGUUUUUGUGGUCAAGGCUGACUUUGAGCAGCAUUAUGCAUUCUGUCGUCCAUCAUCAUGCCCCAACAAAGAAGGCUGCAAUUCUUCUAAAUUCACUUGUCUCUCAGGCUCAUCAUCUUCUCCUGCACGCUGUAGAGAUUAUCAAGAAAUAAAAAUUCAGGAACAGGUCCAAAGGCUGUCUGUGGGAAGUAUUCCACGAUCUAUGAAAGUUGUCCUAGAAGAUGAUUUAGUAGACAGUUGUAAAUCUGGUGAUGAUCUUACUAUAUAUGGGGUAGUGAUGCAGCGGUGGAACCCCUUCCAUCAAGAUGUUCGGUGUGAUGUGGAGAUAGUUCUGAAGGCCAAUUAUGUCCAAGUGAAUAAUGAACAAUCCACAGGCAACAUCAUUGAUGAAGAGGUUCGCAAGGAAUUUGAGAAUUUUUGGGAACAUUAUAAAAAUGAUCCCUUGGCAGGAAGGAAUGAAAUCCUGGCUAGCUUGUGUCCUCAAGUUUUUGGGAUGUAUUUGGUAAAGCUUGCUGUAGCCAUGGUGCUUGCUGGUGGUGUCCAAAGGACUGAUGCUACUGGAACUCGGAUCCGAGGUGAAUCCCAUCUUUUACUGGUUGGAGAUCCUGGUACAGGGAAAUCUCAGUUUCUCAAAUAUGCAGCAAAGAUUACUCCGAGAUCAGUGCUCACCACAGGAAUUGGAUCUACUAGUGCAGGCUUGACAGUGACUGCUGUGAAAGAUUCUGGGGAAUGGAAUUUGGAAGCUGGAGCAUUAGUCCUUGCAGAUGGAGGUCUUUGCUGUAUUGAUGAGUUUAACAGUCUCAAGGAGCAUGAUAGAACCAGUAUCCAUGAAGCAAUGGAACAACAAACCAUCAGUGUUGCUAAGGCUGGCCUUGUAUGCAAACUGAAUACAAGAACCACCAUUCUGGCAGCCACCAACCCCAAGGGCCAAUAUGACCCCUGUGAAUCGGUCUCAGUGAAUGUGGCCCUAGGAAGCCCACUCCUAAGCAGAUUUGACUUGAUCUUGGUUUUACUUGAUACCAAAAAUGAAGACUGGGAUCGCAUAAUUUCUUCUUUUAUCUUAGAAAAUAAAGGUUGUCCAAGCAAAUCGAAAAAGCUCUGGAGCAUGGAAAAGAUGAAAACUUACUUCUGUCUUAUUAGGAACCUACAACCCAAAUUAUCUGACGUGAGCAACCAAGUUCUUCUCCGUUACUAUCAAAUGCAGCGCCAGAGUGACUGCAGAAAUGCAGCCCGUACCACCAUCCGUUUACUAGAAAGUUUGAUCCGCCUUGCAGAAGCUCAUGCCCGGCUGAUGUUCAGAGAUACAGUGACUCUGGUAGAUGCGAUUACAGUGGUGUCCGUGAUGGAAUCCUCAAUGCAGGGAGGUGCUCUUCUGGGAGGUGUGAAUGCUCUCCAUACAUCAUUUCCUGAAAACCCUCUGGAUCAGUACCAAAUGCAGUGUGAAAUGAUUCUGGAAAAGCUGGAGCUUCAGAAUCUUCUGAGUGAGGAACUAAGAAGACUUGAUAGGCUAAAGAACCAAAAUCUACUCUUGUCGCAGCCUGGAGAGAAGGGUCCAGAAACUCCUUCUGAGUCUUUGGGAAAUGAUUGGGUAGAAAAACCUAAGCCUUCCGAACAAAAAGAAGCCAACUGUAAUGCACAGACCUCCAGUGAACUCUUCAGGUCCCCAUCGCACCAGGGAACAAGAGAAAAGAGAAGGACAGAAGCCCCGGGUCAGCCCAACCAGGACAGAGACAGCAGCUUGCACUGGUUUGAUUCCGUGGCAAGUGGGCACACAGAUUCUGAAAAUAACUUGGCUGGGCCUCCUGCACCCAAGAUGACCAAGGACAGUGUGGCUUCAAUGGCACCCAGUGACAAAUCCCACGGCAGGGAAAAGAGAGCAGGGAGCAAAGCGGGAAAUGACCAGCUUCCAGCAGCAGCCAAUACAGAUGCUCCUUUGAGGCUCAAGAAGCCUUUUCAUUUUGCUAAAAAACCUCCCAACCUGUCAGAAACAGUUACUAAGGAAGCAGAGUCUCCAGAAGGGCCUGACUCAGUGAUUACUCGGCAUGUGCCUAAGAGACAGCAGAAAUCCCAGGAGUUCUUUGAAAAGGCAUCAAGCGCCCAGGUUAUUUUGCCUCUUUCUCCUGUAGAAGUAACUGAGAAAGUGUUAAAUUCAGAAUCGGAUUUAACUCUCCCUCAUCAUCCUCCCCUCACUCCCUUACAGAGGACUCCUUCAGAGAAAAGAUUGUCAUCUGCCAUGAAAAAAAGACGCAAAACUGAGAAUGAGGUGGAUAGAAUAACAAGUUGCGUCCCUGAUGAUGAGGGUGAUGAGGUUCCAGGCCCCCCAUUGGCUAAGCUGGCCAAGUUUACAUUCAAACAUAAGUCAAAGCUGAGCCACUCUGAAAACAAUAAUCACACUCCUCUUCCUGCCACAUGUAAAACUUCAGUGACACUUCCUCAGAUUUCCAGCCACAGAACAAAGAAAGGAGAGCCAGAGGAAGAAGAAAAGUGCCCCAAAAAGGACACAAAAAAGCCAGUGAACAUUUCUGAGAACAGAAGGUUGAUGGAACUAGUGCACAGUCAGACCAGGGAGAUGGCACGGCAGCCGCAAAGGAAAGAUGAGGGAAGAGAAUCUGUUCCGGUCACUCACACUAAAUCUGGGGUUGAAAACCAAGCUGGCGAGAAAGAGAAAAAGGAGGAUUUGUCCAAUGCUAAAAGCAAGGUUCGAGCUUGCACAUUAGCUAAACUAGCAAGUUUCUCCUUUGCUGGCUCUUCUGAAUCCAAAUCAGAGACCCCACCCACUCCUGGAAACACAAACUGGAGCGAGGGAGGCCCGAGCCACCCUCCUACAAGCCCAGCUGUUGCCCUUGGCAGAAGGAAAACGUUUCAGUUGGAGGGGGCUGGAGAGAAGGCUGUCAUUUCAGGAAAAUCUCUCUUCACCUUCUCAGAGCUAGAUGAUGAUGAUGAUGAUGCAUUAGAUUUUGAUUGGGAGGAGGAAAUGAGGAAAAACUCCAAAUUGUAGAGUUCAUCAUUCUUCCUUCAGUGGACCACUUCUCAGUGACUGGUGGCAAAGUCUCCAGUGAAAGAGAAACAGAAUCCUUGUCCGUGAAAUUCAUCAGGUUUUGUGAUUUUCAUUUUGAGCUCCUGUGUGCAUCUACACAAUUUGAAAAAGUUAUAUGAUCAUUUUAAGUUGGUUUAGCAUCUGAUCGAUAAGCAGUGUCAGAAACCUUGUUCUUAAUUCUGUCAACAAACUCCUUGUGUCCCAGCAGAUGCUUUCUGCUGAGUUGGUCUUUCCUGGAUCCCUUUUUCUAAUCACUUGUCGACAAGGGCUGAGGCCAGGAAAAAAAGCAAAUGAACCUUAAUUUUUGCCUUCCUACAUCUUGAUUCUUCAGAUUAUAUCAGUGAAUGUACUGCCAUUAGCAAUGAGUUUUUCAAAUAUCAUGUGGCUUUCUUUGCCUGAUAAUUUUGUGUUUCUUGUUAUAUGUCUGAUUAAUAUUUGUCUGGAAUGUUUUCUUUUUCUUUUAAUUUUGUCUUCCAUGGUAAUCAUUUAAGAAUCCAAUUACCAUCCUUUGUCAGCUUUGUAUUAUGUUGGCUUUGAGUUAAACUACUCUGAAAUUUUCAUCUCA